AAACAAGCACGCAUGCACUAUUUGGAAGAAGAUGCAUUCCUCCAAUCACUUAUAGCCGGAGGCGGAGCGAAGCAGCGCGGAAAAUGAGGAUAAACACAAACGAUCACUUUCUCCAACACUCAGUAUCUCCAUCUUCAUGAAAAAGGGAAAGUGUUUUCACUGCUAACAACUUGGAAUGAUAAAGAAAAGUGCAAGCAAUUUUUUAAAAUAAUUAUCCUCAGACGAUUUCAUACUUCGCGAACUUUUCGCUUUCACUUUUUUUUCACAUGUUUUUUUCAUCGAUGUUGUAGUUACGUUUUAGAACAUUUCUAUUUUUAUUUAUUUAUUUUAAAUUCUCGUUAAAUGGCUGUUACUGUUACACAGAGCCAGUUGACGCUGACAAGUGGAAGAGACAGAUUUAGAAACCCACCAUGGUGGAACAGACGAUCACGGCUAGAGAGGAUACUAUGUGGAGUAUCAGGGAUAUGUUUAGUGAUGUGUACUGCAAUGGCAAUUGCGCUUGCAAUUAUCGGCUAUCAUUAUCAAACAAUGAAAUCAGGUAGCAAUUCUGACAGUUUAAGUCUUCCCAGUAAUGCUGACAAAUUAGUGUAUUCAAUGUACAAUGUCAUUACCCCACCACAUGCAGUUGGAAUUUGCCUCAAACCAGGUUGCGUAAAAGCAGCUGCGACAAUUCUAAACAAUAUUAAUGAAGAAGUUGAGCCCUGUGACAAUUUUUACGAGUUUGCUUGCGGAGGUUGGUUGAAUAAGCAAAUAAUUCCUGACGACAAAACAGCAGUCAACGUAUUCAGUCUUUUACAAGAUGAUUUGGAUCUCAAAUUAAGGGCUAUGGUUGAAGGAAGUAUAAAAGAAUCAGAAUCUCAAUACAUUUUAAACUUGAAAAAAAUGUAUGAUUCUUGUAUGAACACUACCCAAAUUGAGAUGUCGGGCAAUGGACCUUUAGAAAAAAUAGUUAAAGAUAUUGGAGGAUGGCCUGCUGUGGACGGUGACAAAUGGGAUGAAGAGAAUUUCAGUUGGAUGGAUACUUUAUUCAGCCUCAGAAAAAUUGGAUUUGGUCAUAAUAUUUUGUUGUCCGUUUCGAUUGGACCGGACAUCAGAAAUAAUACACGCCACAUAAUAGAUUUGGAUCAAUCUAGUCUUGGAAUGCCUGAUCGCAACUACUUGCUAAAAGGGAUGGAGGAUCCUCUGGUAUCAGCCUACUAUCAUCUGAUGGUAGACAGUGCAGUACUACUUGGUGCAAACAAAUCAAGGGCAGAAAUAGAAAUGAAGGAGGCGCUGAACUUUGAGAUAUCUCUCGCUAAUAUAUCAGUACCCAGAGAAGAGAGAAGAAAUAUCAGCAGACUUUACAAUAAGAUGACUGUGAAUGAUCUCUACACUUUAGCACCAAAUGUGGAAUGGGAAAAAUAUUUUAACAAGCUGCUCAUGAACCAAAUACCAAAAACAGAAGAAGUCAUUGUGAUUGUUCCAGACUAUGUUAAAAAUUUAGAAAAAUUAUUACAGUCAACGGAAAAAAGAGUUAUCGCCAAUUAUUUGAUGUGGCGUGUUGUUGGCCAAGCUUUUCCAACUCUUCACCGUGCAUGGGGUGAAAUCACUCAACACUACAGCACAAUCUUAACUGGCAAAGUAAGUCAGGAGGCACGAUGGGAACACUGCCUUGGCACACUAUCUGGCAGUCUGAGUACAGCGUUGGCAUCCCUUUAUGUGAAGAAUCACUUCAAAGACGGGAGUAAAGAUUCGGCAUUAGAAAUGGUGAAUUAUAUCCACAGAGAAUUUCUCAACAUAUUGUCUGAAGUUGACUGGAUGGAUCAACAAACAAAAGAAAGAGCGAAGGAAAAGGCAGAAAACAUGGCCACAUACAUUGGUUAUCCGAAUGAAUUGUUGGAAGAGUGGAAAGUAUCUGACAUUUAUAAUGGGCUUGUCUUAAACUCAACAAGUUAUUUCGAGAAUGUACGAGUAUUGAGGAAAUGGGCAACUGAUUAUGUUCUGUCGCAACUUCGCAAACCCAACAUCAAAGGAGACUGGAAAAAACGAUCCGCUGCAGCAGUGGUUAAUGCUUACUACAACUCAAUUGAGAACAGCAUUGAAUUUCCUGCUGGUAUUCUACAGGGUCUCUUUUUUGACAAAGAUAGGCCGAACUAUUUGAAUUUUGGAGCCAUAGGAUUUGUGAUUGGUCAUGAAAUAACUCAUGGAUUUGAUGAUAGGGGACGCCAAUUUGACAAAGAUGGUAACAAUUUGAAUUGGUGGGAGCCUGAGACUGAUUUAAACUUUAAAGAAAGAGCACAGUGCAUCAUUGAACAAUAUGGAAAUUAUACAGUAGGAGAUGAAAAAUUACUUGUGAAUGGCAUCAACACGCAAGGUGAGAAUAUCGCAGACAACGGUGGCAUUAAAGAGGCAUUUAGGGCUUACUUGCAAUGGAUCAGAGAUCAUGGAGCUGAAGACUAUCUUCCAGGAAUAAAAUAUUCUCCAACUCAGCUAUUCUGGAUAAGUGCUGCAAAUGUAUGGUGCGGAAAGUAUAGACCAGAAGUAUUGAAAUUGAGAAUUAUGACAGGUUCACAUAGUCCAGCCCCUUACAGGGUGAUCGGUCCUUUAGCGAACACUCCUGAUUUCGCAAGAGAAUUCGGCUGCGCUCUGGGAACGCCAAUGAAUCCUGUGAAAAAAUGCACGGUAUGGUGAAAUAUUUCGUGCCGUCCAAAUAAUUCCGCAUCGUUAUCAUUGCGUUUAGUUCUAAAACCUGUGAUCUAAACGCCUGCUUCUUAAGACGAAAAAACUUCUACAAAAGAACCAUCAUUAGUUAGAAACAUGUUUUUAUCUUAGCGUAUGGCAAUGCUUGUCAAUAUUCAUAUCAUUUUUGUCAAACGUGAAGCAAGAUGAAAGAAAUUUAGUGCUGCCAUCUAUUAACUUUAAUAGAAAACUAAUUUUGUCUUGACUUUUGAAGAAACUUCUCUCUCAAAUGUACUUCAAAUGUAAUGCCAACUCUUGCUUAAAAAUAAUAUGUUUGGAAAACAUAUUUAUGAUCUCAUUACGAAUGAAACAGAGUAAUAUUUAUGCAUGUUUAUUGGAGAUAUGUGUGAUUUGAAGGGGAAAAAAUCCAUGUUAAAAAAAGAGACGAUCUCAUAAAAAAACCUAUUAUGAAAACAUGUUUGCGAAAAUUUUUGUUGGGAUAUUUUUGUGAGUGAAAUUUUCUGAAAAACUGAAUCAGAAAAGAACUGUCUCCAUUCAUGUUUCAAUUAUGGAACAAAGUAUGUCUCUAAUAUAGUACUGAAAAUGAUUGCUGUAAUUUCAACUGAAAAUGAGUGUUAAAGACUCUUUAUGUUUUAUGUAUGGUACACAUAAUGUAAAAAAACAUUAAAAGAUUUUAUAUUAA